ACAUAAAGUGUUAAUUCGAGAACGAAAAAAUAAGCACGUGAAAAAUUAGAAGCAAGAAAAAAUAUAAUUGAGAAAAAGAUGUAAAUAUGCGUAGUAAGAAAGUUCUUUUCGUUGCAACUUGCAAGUGUGAUCAAGAUCUAUGAUACACGGAUUUAGCUUCACCUGUCAUUUCCUUAUAUUUAACAUUCUUUACAGUAAGAAUUUAGUCACAUAGAAGGGAUAUAGUUGAUAGAAAUCAGAUUCUAACAUUACAUUAUUGCAUAACUAGCAAUGCUGUUGCUAGUAACUCGUUUUUUAUGGGUACAACCAUUUGUUCAUAUAAAAAAGAAUUUAGCUUUCUCUCAAUUUUUGUCUCCCAAUCUAUCUUCUUAUGGUUAAUCAAAAAAUUUAUAUCUAUUUAUCUCUUGCAAAAAUUCAUUUCAAACCUUAAAAUAUAAUAAUACUAGUGGGUAGAUUGUGUACAAUUCAAGUUAGGUAAAAGAUGACUUCAAUACUUAUAUCCAUGUUAAUUAGAGUAAUUUAGUCUUCCAUACACAUGGCAUGCCUCUAAGGAAAGUAUCGAUUGAUCAAUGAUGAUGAUGAUCAUAGUAAAAUCAUGAGCUCACUCAACCCAAAUCUUGAUUAACAAAAUUAAUUAAUGAUAAAGUUUUCACUAAUUGGAAAUUGAGUUUUUUUUACCACCAAUUGGCAGAGCUUGAGUGGAGGAGAAUAGACCAUAGUAAUGAGUGUAAAAAAGAAUUAUUACUUAUUAUUAUUUUCCUUCCAUCCUACGUCGUGUACAAAGUACAAAUAAACAUGGAGAAAGGUAAAAAUAAAAGUGACACCUAAGAAGAUUUAUUUAUAGCGAAAGGUUAAAAAAGACCCAAUGUGCCGAAACCACGUGGACCUUUGUAAUCAUUUAUGGAGCUCUUUUGGGUUAAUUAUUAGAUUAAUUGGGUAAGAUCAUGCUAAGGAAUAUAAUAAAUAGUAUUUUGGGUAAUAAUUUCGUGUUAUAUUUCUUUCUCAUACUUUAUUCUCCCACAUGGGUUGGGGAUUGUGACCUUGUGGGUAUAGUGGGGGAAUUAGUUCUUUCAUCGAUAAAAUACAAAAACAAUAUAUUAAUUAGUUUAGCUAGCAAACAAUGAAUUUGCUAUUGGUAUUUCACUAAAAAAUGAAAAUGAUUUUGUUUAAUAUUAGGAAUUGGCCUUUUUCGAGAGACAACGACACCUUAAAAAGAGUUAAGUGUGUAAUAAUUACUAUUUUACCUAAUCAUGAAAACCAUGAAAUCAAGAUGGAAAAAAGUGAUGCUUGUAUAGAAAGAAUAAUUUACUGUAAAAAAUAUAUAGAAAGAAUAACCAUAUUUAUAGAAGCAAUAAUCCAACCUUUUCAACUUUACACUCCCCUCGAUUGAUGUAGAGUAGCAUUCCAAACACAAUACAAUAUUUUAGAUGAUUCAUCUCAUAUAAAAUUUAAUACUUCGAAAUAACAUUUAUUCGUUAAGAUUAUGGUUUCUAAUGACAUAAUUUCAGUCAUUUGCUAAUUUUUAUUACGGUAACAUACAUGACAAUUGAAUAAUCCAUAAGCAACAAAACAACCUCGUGACUAUGAAUCCCUUCUCCCAAUGCGAGCUUGAGAUAUCGGUAUCUUGUACAUGACUUAGCUCCUUGUCGUUGAUACACCCCCUUCAAACUUCAUCUUGAACAAACAUAUCGCUAUUAUCCCAAAAGCUCUUAUGUUGAUGAUGGUCGAAGCAGCCCCCAAAGGACAGCUAUAAUGCAGCAAUAGAUACAACAAUCUCUCCACAUAACAGAAAGAGAACAAUGCGAAUCACAACACAUUUUUUGUAUUCCUUUAUCAUCAAACUACGUAAAUAAAUCCUAUGAACUCAUAACAAAACUAAUCUUAAUUUCACUAGUCAUGAAAAUGAGAAGAAAAAUAACAAGAAUUCACGAUCCACCAUGUCGUCCAAACAAAACAAAACCAGAUUACAUUCUUAGAUCAAGAUCUCAAAUUUAAAUCUACCCUCCCCAUUUCAUGGAUCCAUAAAUGUUUUUAUUUAUUUUUAAUAAGAGUCAACACCCCCUAGCUAGUAGUAAUUAUUGUUCCUUCCAAUUCAUUUAUUGUAUCCAUAUAACCAUGAAAUGAAUGAACAAGGGCAACAACCAAGAUCCCUUUUUGUGGUCUUGUUUUUUGUUUUCUUAUUUCGAAGUGGGUAUCAAUUAUUGGCAUUUUGGUUCUUGGUGCCACCACCACUAUUUUCACAUAAACAUGGGGCACCGACACUUUCUUAUACCACGGAUUCAAAGGAAUGCCUCAAAAAAUUAUUUAAUUACCAUAAAAAUUUGGAAAUUAGGAAUGGCAAGAGAGAGAGAGGAGAGAGAGAGAGUUGGAGACAGGACACAGCCCAACAGCUGUUGCGGCAGACACUGAGAAGAGAGAGAGAGAGAGGGCCACCGUCACAUUCUCGGACCCACAUCUUUAUUGUGUUUUGUUUUUUCAUUUUUCAUUUCCACCCACUCUCUAAUGAAUUAAUUUAAUCAUAAUUAAUUAACGUAGUUAAUUUAUGUAUAACUCAUGAAACUUAUCGAGUAUAGAAUUAACUUUCAAGUUAUAAGAACACAUAGUAUAAAAUGGUUGACCAACGUCAUUUCACCUACGAAGAUAUGCAGUCGAGAUGUUCAUUUCGUCACAUAUAAAGUUGUAAUUUGAAUCGUUGGAAUGUAGAAUUCGUGUUACACACAACUUAUCAAUGAGUUUUUUUUUGCAUUCAUCUUUGCUGAACUAUUAUGGUUAAUUUAAUUUGUCAAGUUGGGUUUUUAAUAAUUGAAUAUAAAAAUUUGUGGGAAAUUCUAAAGAGUUGCCUUUUUUUUUUCUCUUUAAUUUUCUGUUUGGCGUUCAGUAGCUCUAAUUACUUGUACACUGCUAGUACCUAUCUGGAUCUACCUGUCUCUCUUCUCUGCCUCUCCCCACUUCUUCUUCUUCUCCUCUUCCUCCCCCUCUCUCUCACAAACCCACACACACGCUUUCUCUCUCUCUCAAUCUCCCAUCUUCCAUCUCUCAGUUGGAGAGAAAGAGAGCGACUUUGGGGUUUCGGCCUUACUGUCUGUCUCUCUGUGGACUCGGGGGAACUAAAACCGGGCGAAAACCCGAUUCAAUUAGCGGGAGUGCUCUUUCUAGCUAAUGUGGGUUUGGGAGUUUGAGAUGCAAAGUUCGAAGCUUUUCACUUGCAGCGAGUUGACUCACCGGCGGUCGACCUAAUCGGUGGAAUUUGUUUCCUUUCCCGUAACGGAUUUUGUUCGGAUUCGGGAAGGAGUUGAAGGUUAACCCAAAUGAACACUGGAGGGCGGCUGAUUGCUGGUUCUCACAACAGGAAUGAGUUCGUCCUCAUUAAUGCAGAUGAGAAUGCCAGAAUUCGAUCCGUGCAAGAAUUGAGCGGGCAGGUGUGCCAGAUAUGUGGUGAUGAGAUUGAGAUCACUGUGGAUGGGGAGCCAUUUGUUGCUUGCAAUGAAUGUGCUUUCCCUGUCUGCAGGCCUUGCUACGAAUAUGAAAGAAGAGAGGGGACUCAGGCUUGCCCUCAGUGCAGAACGAGAUACAAACGUCUUAAGGGUAGUCCCAGGGUGGAAGGGGAUGAGGAAGAAGAUGACAUUGAUGAUUUGGAACACGAGUUUGAUUUUGAAGGGUUGAGCCCUGAACAAGUUGCGGAGUUAAUGCUUGCUGCACGUCUCAACACUGGUCGUGGAUCACAUCUUAAUGGCAAUGGCAUUCCCACGGAUUUCGAUUCUUCACCCCCUGGUGCUAAAGUUCCUCUCUUGACCUAUGGAGAGGAGGAUGCUGAUAUUUCUUCCGAUAGACAUGCUCUUAUAGUUCCUCCGCACAUGGGUCAUCAUGCCAACCGAGUCCAUCCAGUGCCUUACACCGAUCCAUCUAUUCCUCUGCAACCGAGACCCAUGGUUCCUCAGAAGGAUACAGCAGUCUAUGGUUAUGGAAGUGUAGCAUGGAAGGACAGAAUGGAGGAAUGGAAGAGAAGGCAAAGUGAUAAACUUCAGGUGGUCAAGCAUGAAGGAGAAAAUGACGGGGGAAGCUUUGAUGGGAAUGAACUCGAUGAUCCUGAUUUGCCAAUGAUGGAUGAAGGCAGGCAGCCUCUCUCGAGGAAGCUACCAAUUCCUUCUAGCAAGAUAAGUCCGUAUCGUCUGGUCAUCAUUGUGCGACUCGCCGUUGUGGGCUUGUUCUUCCACUACCGUAUUCUCCAUCCGGUCAAGGAUGCCUAUGCUUUAUGGCUGACAUCAGUUAUUUGUGAGAUAUGGUUUGCUGUUUCGUGGAUUCUCGACCAGUUCCCCAAAUGGUGCCCUAUAGAACGAGAAACAUAUCUCGAUAGACUCUCACUUAGAUACGAGAAGGAAGGCAAACCAUCAGAGUUAGCCAGUGUAGAUGUCUUUGUCAGUACAGUGGACCCCCUGAAAGAACCUCCACUCAUCACUGCAAACACAGUUCUCUCUAUUCUCGCGGUUGACUACCCUGUUGAAAAAGUUGCAUGCUAUGUUUCUGAUGAUGGCGCUGCUAUGCUUACAUUCGAAGCGCUCUCCGAGACAGCUGAAUUUGCGAGGAAGUGGGUUCCUUUCUGUAAGAAGUUCAAUAUCGAGCCUCGAGCUCCCGAGUGGUACUUCUGUCAGAAGAUGGAUUACUUGAAGAACAAAGUUCAUCCGUCUUUUGUUAGGGAAAGGCGUGCUAUGAAGAGAGAUUAUGAAGAAUUUAAGGUUAGGAUAAAUGGGUUGGUUUCAACAGCACUGAAGGUUCCAGAAGAUGGUUGGACGAUGCAAGAUGGAACUCCAUGGCCUGGAAACAGUGUGCGGGACCAUCCUGGCAUGAUUCAGGUAUUCCUUGGCCAAAGUGGUGUUCGUGAUGUUGAAGGAAAUGAGUUACCUCGUUUAGUCUACGUCUCUCGUGAGAAAAGACCUGGGUUUGAACAUCAUAAGAAGGCUGGAGCUAUGAAUGCACUGGUACGAGUCUCAGCAGUUCUGUCGAAUGCUCCCUAUCUUCUGAAUGUCGAUUGUGAUCACUACAUUAACAACAGCAAAGCACUCAGAGAAGCAAUGUGCUUCAUGAUGGACCCUACAUCAGGGAAGAAAGUUUGCUAUGUACAGUUUCCACAAAGGUUCGAUGGCAUUGAUCGUCACGAUCGAUACUCCAAUAGGAAUGUAGUCUUCUUUGAUAUUAACAUGAAAGGUUUAGAUGGUUUACAAGGACCGAUUUAUGUGGGUACCGGGUGUGUUUUCCGGAGACACGCACUAUAUGGAUAUGAUGCACCUGUCACAAAGAAGCCACCUGGAAAAACCUGCAACUGCUGGCCAAAAUGGUGCUGUCUUUUCUGCGGGUCCAGAAAGAAGAAGUCAUUGAAGGCUAAGGACAACAAGAAGUCAAAGAAUAGGGAAACAUCCAAGCAGAUCCAUGCUCUUGAAAAUAUUGAACAAGGAAUAGUAGUAUCAAAACCAGUGAAGUCAACGGAGCAAUCCCAAACUAAAUUAGAGAAGAGGUUCGGACAGUCUCCGGUGUUCAUUGCUGCAACUCUUUUGGAAAAUGGUGGAGUUCCUAGAAAUGCAAGCCCAGCUUCCUUACUCCGGGAGGCGAUCCAAGUCAUCAGUUGUGGGUACGAGGACAAAUCCGACUGGGGGAAAGAAGUCGGUUGGAUUUAUGGUUCAGUUACGGAAGAUAUCUUGACCGGGUUCAAGAUGCAUUGCCACGGGUGGAGAUCGGUCUACUGCAUCCCGAAAAGGCCUGCAUUCAAAGGUUCAGCUCCUAUCAAUCUGUCAGAUCGACUGCAUCAAGUUCUUCGGUGGGCUCUUGGAUCGGUAGAGAUUUUCUUCAGCAAACAUUGUCCAAUUUGGUACGGAUAUGGUGGCGGCCUGAAGUGGUUGGAGCGGUUUUCAUACAUAAACUCUGUUGUUUAUCCAUGGACUUCCCUUCCACUGUUGGUUUACUGUACAUUGCCAGCCAUCUGCCUUCUCACUGGCAAGUUCAUUGUGCCUGAGAUUAGCAACUACGCCAGUAUUGUCUUCAUGGCCCUCUUCAUAUCCAUCGCUGUGACAAGCAUCCUCGAGAUGCAAUGGGGCGGAGUAGGCCUCGAUGAUUUGUGGAGGAACGAGCAGUUUUGGGUGAUUGGAGGUGUCUCCUCUCACCUCUUUGCCCUCUUCCAAGGUCUCCUCAAGGUCUUAGCCGGAGUGAGCACAAACUUUACCGUCACAUCAAAGGCAGCCGACGAUGGAGCAUUCUCUGAGCUCUACAUAUUCAAGUGGACGUCUCUCUUGGUUCCGCCCACAACUCUCCUGAUCAUGAACGUGAUAGGAGUCGUGGUUGGCAUCUCCGAUGCAAUAAACAAUGGUUAUGAUUCAUGGGGCCCUCUCUUUGGUCGGCUGUUCUUUGCCAUAUGGGUGAUUGUACAUCUCUACCCUUUCCUCAAGGGUCUUUUGGGGAAGCAGAACAAGAUGCCGACAAUCAUCCUGGUGUGGUCGAUUCUGUUGUCGUCAAUAUUGACCUUGUUGUGGGUCCGUGUCAACCCAUUCGUGAACCGGGAUGGACCUGUGUUGGAGGUUUGUGGGUUGAACUGCAACUGAUAAGAGUAAAUGGUGUCGUGCAGAUGAAGCAGCUUGGUGAGUGAAAACUACUUUGCUUGAGCUGCAAGGUUGGGGCGUGUUACAAAGUGUUGUGAAUCAAAAAUUUUGGCUGAGGAAGGGAAGGAGGGGAGGAGAAGGGCAGAGUUUGAGUCUUGUUUAGUCUGUGGAGGUGUAGAUAUCUUGUGGGAGUUGGGAAGGAACAUUUGGGUUUUUCUUUCUUACUAUUUAGUUUUUACAUGGGAGGGAAGUUUUAUUUUUCACUCUUUUUUGAAUUAAUUCUUUAAUUUAAUUGCUGGUGAGGUCUAGGGAGAGGGGUCUUUGUCAUAUUGUCAUAAUGGGUUCCUGUUUAUUUGAUGAUUGGUUUCCUGUAUUAUUCAAGAUCAUAAGUUAAUUCCCCCUUUGGUCAAAAUGUCUGGUGGGAAAGGGGGAAUUCCAGAAGUAUAAAGUGUCUGAAAAAAGCAGCAGCUGCAGCAGCUGCAGCAGCAAAAACAUUUCUUGUUCCUCAAGGUUUCUUUUGUAAUCUUACUUUUUAUGUUGGACAGCAGGAAACAGUGUAAUGUACUCUUUCUAUAUCAAUCAGAUUUGCAUAUUGCAGUUCACACUGAGACUUAUGAUAUACUCUUUAUUAAGAUGAUUGUUCUUAGAUCUCGGGAUUCCCGGACACGAACUAUGAAGGAAUCUUUCAGCAUUGUGCAUCUUCUAUUCUUGUUCAGGCUGAUCUGUCUGACCUGUUCUGUGUAUGUCGAUAGAGUAAGUUGCUUUCGAGUCUCGAUGGUUGAGGCGAGCUGCUUACUAGUGAGUAAGUUGCUCACGUUAACGGAGCAUCUACCGAGCGAACUACGAGAUCAGCAUUGCUCGAGGAGAAAAAGAGGGCUCUGUUCUGUCUACUGUGUUAUUUUUCAGAACUUGGUGUUGGUUGGUUAGGGUAGUUUGGUCUGUUGGGUGUCUGCCCUAUUUCAUAUGCUUGAGUAAGCUCAACGAAUGAAUCUUUUGAUUACUACAAAACACAGCAUAAGAGCAUCUAUGGAAGACAUUAUCCUUUUUUGACUCCAUAUUUGGCAGUAACACUCGGUUCCUAUUAGAGUUUAGCUUUUUAUUUUUUUUAUUUUAUAAGAAGAGUUUAGCUUUUGAUACUCUUAUUAGGCUGGUUGUUCUUGAGAGAUCCUAGUAUAGAUCUCUUCUCAUACUAAUCAUCAAAUGAGAAGCCUGGUCUCUUUGGUCAGGAAGGGGAUCCUUGGCCACUAAACAUGGAGAAAGCUUUCCACAUUGCACUUGCACAUCCUGUGUCCCAUUUCGACGAAUUAUUUGCUGAGUAAACUAACGAAAUCGAUCUUAAUGGUAUAGGAUGUAAAAUCUUUUUAAGCAAAAAAUUCUCCACAAAAUAAAGUAACUUUCAACUAUCAAUCAUUUCAUUUUUAUCUUAAGCGGAUAAACUAAUUGAUCUCAUACAAAUAACAUGAUCUACUAAGUAACCUAAUCAAAUCGACAUCAUUGCUAUAAGAUAAAAAGUAUGUUCGAGAACAAAAAUUUAUUACGAAA